AUGUUGCUGCUCCUGCUGCUGAUGCUCAGCGAUCGGGCCCACGCCGGGCAACUGCGCGAGUGGAACCACGUCGAGUGCCACGCCGACGAGCACGCCUGCAUCCUGCUGCCGGACGAUUUCAAGGAGAUGAAGGAGAGUCCCGAUUUCGACUUCUGGAAGGACGUCGUGCGAGCCAGCGGCCCCGAGUGCCGCCCAAACAACGAGUACAUGAUCAUCACCGAGGACGACUGGGUCAAGGAGUACGCGCAACGGUACCAAUUCUGCAAAAAGCAGGACCCAGAUGCGUUGACGAAGGAACACUGUCCACCUGGUGAAGUCUACUGCCACGACGGGCAGAGCGUCACGUGCAUGCCGCGGAAAUACUACAGGAGAUGUCCUUCCCUGGGUGAACUGACGUGCCACCGCGUCCAGGGCCUUCCGAAGGCGGCACCCAAUUGCCGCCCCGCCGACCAAUACGCCUACGCCACCGGCAAGGACCCGCUCAUCACCGACACUGACGUCCUCUGCGUCCCGCUCGGCGGCAACGCUUCUUCGGCAGUCUUCAGCUCAGGCCCCGUCCUGCCCAUUCUCAUCCUCCUCUACACGCUCAACCAGAUGGCC